UAGCUUGUAGUUGCAGCGCCGUUUUUUUCCUGUGUGCCUUCUACAGCGGCUCGGGACCAGGUUGUUAAAAGCGCGAAAUAGUGACGCUUGCUGCCGUUUCAUUUCACCUUGUUCUUAUCUUAUCUUUCAAAAUGUAAUCAGGCUGUUUGCAAAUCAUGUUUUUGUUUUUUGUCUUUGCGUCCCCCCUACCCCAGUUUGGGAGUCACUGCUCUGUCUGGAAUAACUGUUACCCAGGCACUAAUCCCAAUUUGAGUCUGUUUCUACUACCCUGAAAAACGUCUUUUCUAAAGUUUGGCUCGCCUAACACCACUCGGUGUCCCAGAAACGAAACCGUCACUUAGCUAUGACAAUAAAACCUGAAACUCAUUAGUUUUAUUGUAGACAAAAUGAUUCAUGCCAAUGUAUUUUGCAUUACUUUAGCACCGUUCUUUGGAUUUCGUCAAACUCAGACAUGGUAAUUAAGCCAAACUUAAGCCAAAAUGAAGUCUGUUCACUGGCCUUCUGUGAGAAGUCAGAAAUUAAACAAGCAUAGCAUUCAACCAAUAAAGUUUUUAUGUUCAGGAAUUCAAGUAAAUAACUAUAAUUUGACAUCUUAGUCAAGAAAUAGUCAUGUGCUUUGCAAUUAUUUAUAUAUACAGUAUAUACAUAUAUGUACACACACACAAAUAAAUGGGGUGCACCUUUUGGCAGAGCUAGUUUUACAGCUGCCAAGAUUUGAAUGCCCCAUUUUAAAUUACACACACAUGUUUAUUAAUAACACAUUCACAUAGAAUUUGUCUCCAGAAAUGUUCAUAAGAAGAGCGUUACUAGCCACUAAGUAACUGGAAACAUAUACUGUCCUGUCCUCCUUACCAUCACAAAGAAAUCCCAAAAAGUAUUGCUUUACAGCAGUAGCUUGCCUUAAAAAGCAUGAGGAUGUCGAUGUCCGAUGGGCUCUACUUCAGUCAGAUGCAUGCAGUUCUCAUGAAUGCAGAAUUUGGCAUUUCCCUUAUCUCACUGAGUGUCAACAGUGUCAAACUGCUCUCUAUUGGUUUCUGUCGAGACGACCUUGACGGUGCAUAGUUCCUGUCUUAUCAUCCCCUUUCCCAGACAAUAAGCAACACUGUGAGUUUGUAAGUUACAGUUGUUUCUAUGAAUUUACAAGUAGCAGGAGUAACUGUCAAAAGACGGUCAAACAUUAGAAUUUUCUCUCACACCCCAGUCUUGGCCUCAUUAAAAUAACUUCAUCCCUUCUUCCAGAUUUUAUCAUCCUCCUCAUGCUUUUAAACGUUGCUGAGAGAUAUAAAAUACUCCCCUUUGCUCUUCUGACCACUCUUUUUGCCACUGGAGCACUAUGUUCUCUUCUUUGCAGAUGCUAAAACACGGCUUUUAUAUGUGGAGGUCCUCUAUCCUCACUCAUCUGCUCACGGGACAAUAUGAUCCAAGGCUCUUCAAUCUCUCCUCCAGAUGGUGAUAUUGUCUCUAAACCAGGAUUUACCAAAACCUUAGUGAAUAUUUUCAAAUAUGCUAUUUAAUCCUGGGGUGUUUUAUUUCAAUCUCAACAACAGUAGUUCACUUCUCAUCAAGUUUCACCUGGCUCCUCACCUCACGAACCUUGUUGGCCAGUAUUCCUCUCUGAGCUGCGAUUACACUCAUACACUCACCAAAAUAGGAAUCAAACCUCAGUCCCCUGUGUCAAAAAUAUAAUGACCAUACAGUAUAAUUAUUUCUCAAUCACUGUAUCGAUAUACAUCCAGAAAAUAUGUAAAACGUGUAAACCCCUAGUUUGUGCGCUUCCCCACCAUCUCUGUUCUUGAAACUGACUAUAUGAUAUAGCUACUCGUGACUACUAACCUUAUUAUUAUCUGCAUCCAUCUUUUUUUUCCUUCUCUCAGGGUCACAUAAGGAGCGUGCUGAAACCAAUCCCAUUUGAGGUGAUGAAGAUGAUAGUGAUGAUGAUAAUUCUUAUUAAUGUUAUGAUACACAACUGUUCCUGGUUUCCAUCUCUCCUCUAUCUUCUUCUUUCCUUUACAUUCUUCUUUUCACCCACCUCUUCUUCACUAACCCCCUUCCCUUCCCCCUCUUUUCUCUCCUAUCCCAACCACUCGAGGCAGUCUGGCUCUGUAAGAGAUUUCUGUUCUCUCCACUGAUGCCAAGUACUUGCUCAGUGUGUUCCUGUCAGGUCUUGACCUUAAUUGUAUGAAGUUUUAAUAUAAUAAAGUUUUCAGGGGAAAAAAACAGACAAAAAACAAACCCAAAAUAUGGUUUAAAAAGUCAAGUAUUUAGUGUGACCUACACUUACACUUAAGGUGUAGCAUGACCCUGGCUCUGAGGAAACUGGUGUAGAACCCCUUUUAAUGUUACUGUUAAAUACUGUGUCUUACUAUUUCCAGUUGACAAAUAUCUGCUAUGAAAAUGGUGUAUUUCGCCAAAAUUAUUCAAGACAUGCUUCAGCUUUACAUACACAUGUAUCAUUGUAUCUUCCAGAAGCCUUUUCAUCACCCUCACAAUCAAUCAGUGGAACUAGCAGUCCUGUUGUGUUGUGUCACCGGGAGUCCUGAUUUCACAGGCAGCCUCCGUCACGUCUGCGUCAGCGCUGAUGAGCUCAGUGCUUCCAGUAGGGAGGGGGAAGGAGCUGGUGAGCAGCUGGUGUGAGAGAGAGAGAGAGAAAACAAGGAGGGGUGAGGGAGGGGUGAGAGAGAGACAGAGAAAGAGAGAGAGAAUUAAGGGUGUUGCCGCCUCUGAGACACACUCACGCAUCAUAGAGUAACAGCAGCGGUGUGAGAAGAGCGCAUCCCUCUGUGAGAGAAAAUACCUCUUUUUUGAAUCAUUGAAGCCACCAAAACCCCUUUCCUUACGCAACACCAUUAAAGCCGAGGGAUCGUGGAGAUACACUGUCCUUAGACAUCAGGAGGAGAGACAGAGAGAGUGGUGUGAAAGCAGACAACGGAUAGACGCAGCGUUUCAGCACCUUGGACAGCGACUAUGGCCCCAGUGGUGGAGGAUGGAGCUCAGUUUGUGGCAGUGCCAGUAGGUGUGGCUGUGGUCAGUGUCUUUGGCCUUGUAUUUGCUGUGUCGGCCUUUGCAUGGAUCUGUUGCCAACGUAAAAACACCAAGUCCCAGAAGACACCUCCCUACAAGUUUGUGCACAUGCUCAAAGGGGUCGACAUCUACCCAGAGAGCCUCAGUGGCAAAAAGAAGUUUGCUGAGCCUGCCACCACUACAACAAAUGACACCACUAAAACCGACAUUAAUGGAAAUUGCCACACUGCAGCACCACUGAGCCAGACCGGUACCAAUAAAUUUACAUCGAGUCCAAGUGGUUCCAGACCAGCCCUGCAUCUGGACCUGGAGAAACGGGAUCUGAAUGGCAAUAUCACCACCAAACCAUUUCACCACCACCACCAAACAGUGCGGAGCUCUCCGGACCUGGAGCUGCCAUCUCCUCAUGCAGGGUUCACCCAACCUGGUUUAGUGGACCGCCGUGACCUCCCUUCACCAUCCAGCACUCUCUCCAGCCAGGCACCCACCCCAGCUGUAGACAAGCCCCAUGGAGAGGAGAGGGAGGGUGGGCUAGGGACACUCCACUUCUCCCUGGAGUACCAGCCAGAGAAGAAGGCAUUCAUUGUCCAUAUCAAGGAAGCCCAUGGCCUGACUCCAACUGAUGAACAGUCAAUGACAUCUGACCCUUACAUAAAGCUGACCUUGCUGCCAGAGAAAAAGCAUCGGGUGAAGACCAGAGUCCUGAGGAAGACCCUCGACCCUGCCUUUGAAGAGACCUUCAGUUUUUACGGGAUCCCACUGGCCCGAGUGUCGGAGUUGGCCCUUCACUUCAUGGUGCUCAGCUUUGACAGGUUCUCCCGCGAUGAGGUCAUAGGAGAGACCCUUGUCCCUUUGUCCGGAAUGGACUUGUCACAGGGUCGUGUCCUGAUGAGCCGAGAGAUAAUCAGGAAAAAUGUAAAGAAGUCCUCCGGCCGAGGUGAGUUACUGCUCUCCCUGUGUUACCAGUCCACCACCAACACUCUAACUGUGGUCGUCCUCAAGGCCCGCCAUCUACCUAAGACUGAAAACAAUGGACCCACAGAUCCAUAUGUCAAGGUGAAUAUGUAUCACGGAAAGAAGCGUGUGUGCAAGAAGAAGACGCACGUGAAGAAGUGCACACCCAACCCAGUCUUCAAUGAGCUCUUUGUCUUUGAUCUGUCCUCCGAUGAGGGUCUGAGAGACACCAGGGUGGAGCUGCUGCUGAUGGACUCAGAUACAGGCAGGUCACGCAGCCCCAACACUGUCCUCGGGCGCCUGGUGCUGGGCACAUCAUCACCUGGCACUCCUGGCGAGCACUGGAGGGAGAUCUGCGACCAUCCGCGCCGCCAGAUUGCAAAGUGGCACGCCAUGUCAGAGGAAUAGAGCACCGGGGUGUUGGUGGAUUCCGACGUCCAUUCCCAAUCAAGUCCAACAACGAUGUGCAGGAAGUAAUGUCUUGCUAGCCAAUACCCUUUGGACAUUCAGUGAGGGCAGGAGGGAAACAAGGUGGAGGGGGCUUUGAUGUUGCAGGGAGGGUAGUUUGGCGCAAAGUCAUCAUUCAGUCAAUCAUUUAUUAAUUAUCUUUGAAGUUAUCAGGGUUCACCGGAGGAAGCAGGUGACAAAAAGGAACCCUGUAGCUUUAAAUGAUCCCAAAGACUGUCACUGAAAAUCACUUGGUAACAUGCAACUUCAUCUCAAUGGCAACAACCAAUUGUCGCAGCAACCAUGUGCAGUGCAGAAUGUCUUAAAUGUCACUAUUGUCACUUCUUUCUUCCUUUGCUGCUUCUUCUUCUUCUUCUCUUUCUUUAGCUCUUCCCUCUAUAAAUAGUAUCCAAGUCCAUUAUAUGAAAACCAGAACAAACCACAUCUGAUGACGCUGUAAAAAUGUUGAUUAUUCAAAUUUAUUUUAUAAUGACAAUGUUUUCUUCAUAACAAUGUAGAUUGCCUUUAUUUAUCUUUUUGUUUUGUACUCUUCUGGUUGAUCUGUUGAACAUUUUUUGUAAGUAUAAGUGGUAUUUCAUAUGUCAUUACAAGAAAGCCUAAAUUAGGUGGUCUGAGGUAAGGCUGAAACAGACUGAAGUGCAUUGGGGACAGUAACUGUGGAUGCAUUUUGGUGUGAGUUUUGUUCAUAAGAGUGCUUUUGAAGCGUGUGGAUGGGCAUGUAUGUUGGCUCUGAAAAGAUGGGUGCCACAUAAUGUUUACCGUAGGUGUUUUGUCCCCCUUACUGUGAGCACAAAGACAGCUGAAAUGUAAAUGUAUGUACCUUACUAUAAAACAUGGCAAGUUCCAAAAAAGAAAAGAACGUGCAGUCUUUAUUUCGCAUGAAAUGUGACAUGUAAUCAGACGUUCAUUGUUGGCACAGUUGAAGUCAUAUGCAUGUUCAAAAACUCUAAAUCUCUACAUUAUAGAAUUAAAUAUUUACACUGCUUCUGGCUGUUCAGGAUUAAAAAAAAACAUAUUUCACAUGGUAUUUUAUUAGGUUUUUAAAUGUUGUAAGCAGCAGAAACCACCUAUAUGCGUGUUGGACAUAAAGGCCUUUUUUAAACGUCACAAAGCAUGUCAGGGAAGUACGGUGGCCUUCACAUACCAGAAAGGAUGUAAUAAGAAUCUGCUUCAAAAGAUGUAAGCUCCAGCUGUUUUGUCCAUUCGAGCUGCUGUAAAAACGUGGCAGCACAAGAUGGUAGCAUCCAUAAGGCAAGGCCCUUACCUAAAGUAUACAUAAAACGUUUGGUGAUUGAAUAGGUUGAACAGUAGAAUCCACUUAUGAAACUAUUUGUGGGUGCUUCUUUGUGUUUUCAUUCAUACUCUGACCUAGUUGCAGUCUCACUUCUUUACUUAUGCAAUGUUGCUGUUGCUUCCAUCUGUCUUGACAUAAGAAGAAUCACUUCUCGUGUGCAGCCUGGGAAUGACACCGAGCAACACGAGAUUUAAACUUUGCGGUCUGAAAAGCACAAGGAGAGUCUUGUGGAGUUGACUUAAUCGGUUUUGUGUGAACUCAUUUGACAAUGGUUUGAAUCUAACAGGCGUUUGUGUUUAUAAGUUAUACACUUAUGCAAACAUACUUUCUGUCAAGAAACCCUACAGAUAUUACAUAUGGGACCUUUAAAAUCUUAUAGUACACAGUCUGUGCAGUGACUUGUGUCCUCGGCCUGAGGAUGACGUCAUUGGGCUCUUUACUUAAUGUGAUGAUGUAAUCACUGCUAAAUGGAUGUGUGCUUAGGGAUGAAGUCAUCAUGUUGGAAUUUAAUAUCAGCUAAGUGGUUCAGUGAGGGAGUUCAGCCAGCUCAGCAGGCCUAUGCCACCCCUCCCCCUCUUUCUUCCUCCCUCCCCUUAGAGCUGAAACUUUUUUUUUAUUACCCACUCUGCAUUCUCCCUCUGCUGCCUCUCUUUACCCUCCUUCCUCGUCUCUCGUCUACUGCCAGGUUUCAUCAUGUGUUUGGUGGUGGAGUCUCUGGAGAUGCAGGAUGUUCUGUCACUCUGUACUCUCUCAGUGGUUUUGAUCUGCAAGGUCACGAUCUAUCUGAGACAGUAGCGUCUAUAUUCAUUCUCCACAGUCUUCCUCUGAAGAUCUGUAGAGUACAUUGUGCGACAUCCCUCCAUAUCAGGGGUAUUGUAACUGUAACCGAUAUUGUAAUGUAGUUUCUCAUCUUUUGCAAGCAGAAAUCAUUUUGUUAUCUGUGACGGAAACCUCAAUUUAUCUGCUGCUACAGCGAUAUUUCGAGAUUAUAGAAACCACACCAUGAAUUAACUAAUAAAAAGACUAACAAUCA